ACAGCAUCAGAAUCUGUGUCAAACACUGUUUGUAGAUAUGUCUGCUGCUGCCAGCUGUCUGCUGACUGAAGAUCAGUGUCUGUGCUCCAUCUGUCUGGAUGUGUUCACCGAUCCAGUCACCAUACCAUGUGGACACAACUUCUGCAAAACCUGCAUCACUAAACACUGGGAUGUUAAUGUCCCAUAUCAUUGUCCCAACUGUAAAAAGGUUUUCUACACAAGACCUGAGCUGCAGGUGAACACUUUCAUCUCUGAGGUGGCUGCUCAGUUCAGACACUCAGAGCAACACGUUUCUAAACCAGGAGAAGUUCCCUGUGAGAUCUGCACUGGAACCAAACUGAAGGCCCUGAAGUCCUGCCUGGUGUGUCUGGAGUCCUACUGUGAGACUCACCUGCAGCCUCAUCUGACAAAGUCAGGCCUGAAAAGACAUCAGCUGAUCGACCCUGUGGAGGACCUGGAAGGCAGGAUGUGUCCGAAGCACGAUAAACUGCUGGAGCUGUUCUGUAAGACCGACCAGAUGUGUAUCUGCAUGCUCUGCACAAUUUCAGACCACAAGACUCAUGAUGUUGUUCCUCUUAAAGAAGAAUAUGAAGGAAAGAAGGCCGAGCUGGGGGAGACAUAUGCGGAAAUCCAGGAGAUGAUCCAGAAGAGACGACUGAAGAUUGAGGAGAUCAAACACUCAGUGGAGCUCAGUAAGGAAGAUGCAGACAGAGAGACAGCAGAAGGUGUUCAGGUCUUCACCGUUCUGAAGGAGUCUGUUGAGAGAAGCCAGGCCGAGCUCAUCGACACGAUCAAAGAGAAGCAGAGAAAGACAGAGAAACAGGCUGAAGGCUUCAUCAAAGAGCUGGAACAGGAAAUCUCUGAGCUGAAGAAGAGAAGCACUGAGGUGGAGCAGCUCUCACAGUCUAAAGACCACCUCCACCUCCUCCAAAGCUGCACCUCCCUGAACGCUGCUCCACCCACCAGAGACUGGACAAAAGUCAGCAUCCGUCCACUUUCAUAUGACGGGACUGUGGUGAGAGCUGUGAGUCAGCUGGAGGAAACACUCAGUAAACAGAUGAAUAAGCUGUUUGAGGCUGAGCUGAAGAGGGUCCAGCAGUCUGCAGUGGAUCUGACACUCGAUCCUGAUACAGCACAUCCCCAACUCAUCCUGUCUGAUGAUGGGAAACAAGUUAACGAUAGUGAAGUGAAGAAGAAUGUCCCAGACAACCCAGAGAGAUUUGAUUGUUGUGUCUCUGUCUUAGCAAAGCAGAGUUUCUCUUCAGGAAGAUUUUACUACGAGGUUCAGGUUAAAGGGAAGACUGACUGGACUUUAGGAGUGGCCAGAGAGUCGAUCAACAGGAAGGGAAGCAUCACACUGUCACCUCAGAAUGGUUACUGGAUGAUAUUGUUGAGGAAUGAAAAUAAGUACAAAGCUUGUGCUGGCCCUUCAGUCCGUCUCUCUCUGAAGUUUCGGCCUGAGAAGGUGGGGGUGUUUGUGGAUUAUGAGGAGGGUCUGGUCUCCUUUUAUGACAUUGAUGCUGCAGCUCUUAUCUACACCUUUACUGGCUGCUGCUUCACUGAAAAACUCUACCCAUACUUCUGUCCAAUGCUCAAAAAUGCUGGUAAAAACUCUGCCCCUCUGAUCAUCUCUCCUGUCAAUCACACUGAGUAGAACAGCUAUUUGAUUUUGAACAGAAACAUUCACUUUGAUUUAAUAUAAUGUAUAUUACUGGUGAUACAUUGUCUGUAAAUAUAUUUCUUUGAUCUGUCAAAUUACAAUAGCAACACAGAUAUGAUGACACUGAUUGAUAUUUUCAAAUGUUGUCCAAUUAAUUAAUGAUUGCAUAAUAUUCCAUAAAGAUCAUUGAAUCAACAAAAACAGUUAAACCACAAAAAACAAGCACUCACACAAUCCUUAAAUGUCUGGAUGCUAAAUUCAAAACUUUUUAUUGUCUGCAUUGUAUAUAAAUAACAUGUGUUUCAUACUGUCACUCAUCACUGGGGAAAACAACUUUAAUUUGUUAAGAGCUUUUAAAAAUAAGGUAUUUUUCAUUACCGUUAUGUUGUUUCAUUAUUUAGUUUGUUUCUUAGAUGUAUUGAUUUAUCUGAUUUGUUUAACAUUAUUAAUAACUAUUGAUUAACAGCAGUAGCCCAAAAUGUCAGACUUUCACUAGUUUUAUAGUUUUGUUUGUUUGCAGGUUAUCAAUUUAACAGACUCUUUGAAACUACAACUAUUUUUAUGAAAAACCAACUGCUGUGGACUUUUAAUAUCCUCAAUAAAU